ACAACUACUCUCCCUUUCUCCUAGGUAAAGAAUCCCAGCAGCCAUGUCUAAGCACCACGAUGCUUUCAUCCAGACCCAGCAGCUGCACGCUGCCAUGGCAGACACUUUUCUGGAGCAUAUGUGCCGCUUGGACAUCGAUUCAGAGCCAAUCACAGCUCGAAACACUGGCAUUAUCUGUACUAUUGGCCCAGCCUCCCGCUCAGUAGAAACGCUGAGAGAAAUGAUUAAAUCUGGAAUGAAUGUUGCCCGUCUCAACUUCUCUCAUGGAACUCAUGAGUACCAUGAAGGAACCAUCAGGAACGUGCGAGAAGCUACAGAGAGCUUUGCUUCUGAUCCCAUCACCUACCGACCUGUGGCUGUAGCACUGGAUACCAAGGGACCUGAAAUCCGAACUGGACUUAUCAAGGGAAGUGGCACAGCAGAGGUGGAACUUAAGAAGGGAGCAACUCUCAAAGUGACCUUGGACAAUGCAUUCAUGGAGAAAUGUGAUGAAAAUGUACUGUGGCUGGACUACAAGAACCUCAUCAAGGUGGUGGAUGUGGGCAGCAAAAUCUAUAUAGAUGAUGGCCUCAUUUCCCUGCAGGUUAAGGAGAAAGGUGCAGACUAUGUUCUCACUGAAAUCGAGAAUGGUGGUCUGCUUGGUAGCAAGAAGGGUGUCAAUCUGCCUGGUGCUGCAGUGGACCUCCCUGCUGUCUCGGAGAAGGACAUUCAGGAUCUGAAAUUCGGUGUGGAGCAGGAUGUAGACAUGGUAUUUGCGUCCUUCAUCCGCAAGGCAGCUGAUGUCCAUGCAGUUAGGCAAGUGCUGGGAGAGAAGGGGAAGAACAUCAAGAUCAUCAGCAAGAUUGAGAACCACGAGGGUGUGCGCAGGUUUGAUGAAAUUCUGGAGGCCAGUGAUGGCAUUAUGGUGGCCCGUGGUGACUUGGGCAUUGAGAUCCCUGCGGAGAAAGUUUUUCUAGCCCAGAAGAUGAUGAUUGGACGCUGCAACAGGGCUGGGAAACCCAUCAUCUGUGCUACUCAGAUGUUGGAGAGCAUGAUUAAGAAACCUCGCCCAACCCGUGCUGAGGGCAGUGAUGUAGCCAAUGCGGUCUUGGAUGGAGCAGACUGCAUCAUGCUGUCUGGGGAAACGGCCAAAGGAGACUACCCUCUUGAGGCUGUCCGCAUGCAGCACGCUAUCGCUCGCGAGGCUGAGGCCGCAAUUUUUCACCGUCAGCUGUUCGAAGAACUUUUCCGCGUCACUGCUGCUAACAGGGACCCUGCUGAUGCCAUGGCUGUAGGCGCUGUGGAGGCCUCUUUUAAGUGCUUAGCUCCAGCUCUGAUAGUUCUGACCGAGUCUGGCAGAUCUGCACACCUGGUGUCCAGGUACCGCCCGCGAGCUCCCAUCAUUGCUGUGACGCGUAAUGGACAGACUGCACGGCAGGCCCAUCUGUACCGUGGCAUCUUCCCCGUGCUGUGCAAAGAGCCCACCCAGGAUGCGUGGGCAGAGGACGUGGACCUGAGAGUGAACCUGGGCAUGAAUGUUGGCAAGGCACGAGGCUUCUUCAAGACUGGCGAUCUUGUCAUUGUACUUACAGGAUGGCGCCCUGGGUCUGGCUACACCAACACCAUGCGUGUGGUGCCAGUUCCAUGAACACCAGCUCUCUCUUCCCCAAAACACCUUCCCUCUCCCCAGCAACACCGCCCCUCUUCCCCUCUGCUCUACCCCCGGCAUUAGGCUGGCAAUUGCUUGCAAUGUUAUCCGUGUGUAGCGUGGAUAGAGGUUGCUAAACACCACCAAAUGCAGCAGCGGGGGAAGGAGACCCUUGAUGUCACUCUACGAGAAUACUUGAAAUGCUGUUGAAAGGCAAAACUGCCUUGCUCUCUAACGGUGAUUCUGCCCUGAAGUAGUAGGGAGUUGAUGUAGGAGACUCCUGCAUGACAACUGAACUUGUGCUGCUCAACCCCCUCCUUGUAGUCUGGAUACUGUCUUAGGGUGAACGUGUGCCUUUCCCUGCCCUUUCUCAGGCAUGUAGAGGAAGGAGGCAAUAACAUGGGGAUGGUCUGAGCUUGAGUGUGAACACUCUGCAGCAGGCAGAAUACAGCUGUGCCCUGUAGGGUCAGAUAAUCCAAAGCUUAAUUUAGUGCCUCCCUUCUCUGCCAUGUCCUCCAAUGACUCCCACGCCACAAACUUGUCCUUGUCACCAGUGCACUCCAGUUUAGGGGCGGUGGUAGAUGGAAUCAUGGGUCAGUACGUACAUUAGUCUGGUCUCCCCGCUGGAUGGACGGGCUCUCUGCACUCCAUAAUUUAAACUCCACUACAGAUACUUUCAGUAUCUUAACAUGCGAGUGGGUGUUGAUAAGCUAAGACGUGCUUAACCCUUUAAGUUCUAAAAUAGCAACUUGCAUGUGACCGACUGUCCCUCUCCCCAUGCAGAUGGCGAGAAAGCCGUGAUGCGAACCUCCAGGCCAAAGUGUAAGAUGCAGGCCAGGUCUGGGUUCCCUUCGUUUGUCACAUGAGGGCAGCAGGAAGAAAUAGAACCGGGAUAAAACCAAAGCUUAGCUCUUAAAGGGUUGAGUGCUGCUUUUCCGCUUCCUGUGCUGAGAGCUGCUUGUGCGCCUGCUGCAGUGUAGCGUAUCUGUCUGAGUCGAGUAGUCCUGUUUCCUGAGAGCCGUUUCCUUCCUGUGUUGUAAAUCUGGACACGUUAGUUACUGUAACAGGUGACUUGGGUUGUAGAGCACAACUGUGUACAUCAAUAAAAAAAGCUGAAGCACCUA